UGGUCAAACCUACCAAUGAUACAAGUCGGUCCUAUUCUGCUGGGACUGAUCGCAAUGAACGGGUGUCGGAGCUCUGCACGGCAAAGGAGCAACCACUGCGAGACGAGGCGAUCAAGGGGAUGCGGCAUCGGUACGCGGGAGCUGUCCAUCAGCACCAAAUCCCCGACGAAAAGCAAGGAAGCAGCAAGCAGAGCCGAGACCCAGACGCUCCAGUUUUCAGCUUGCCGCCCCCGCCCUCUUCUCACCACCGAGACCGCACUUCGACCACCGCCGCUCACCGCCAGAGCCUCCAGGAGCUCCCCUGUCUGAGCCAGCCCACUCGGAGACCUGUUCACAGCGGCGACCCUCUACCUCUGGCGAGCAACGACACCGCCCAGCGACCUUCACACCGAGGCUGUGAACCCAACACCGGGCAGCCGGCGCACCUGCAGCAGGAUCCCUGGGCCCCGGUCGGCUCUCAGCAGCAGCCGCCGCCGCCGCAGUCACAGAAGCAGCCUGUUUUUCCAAGCUGCCACUGCAGUUUUUCCGAACAGGAGGCGAGCCUUCCUCAAAAUCAGCACCAUCCUGUCGAUUCUCUCCCACCGCAGCCCUCCCCACCUUUUCCGCCGCCUAUACUACCACCGCCACCAACGUCGUCCUCCUCCUCUCUGCUGUUUUCCCGGGAAUCUAAAAGGGGGGAUCGUCUCCGAAGGAGUGCCAAUAAUUACCAACAGGCAAGCAUCGUGGAACGCUGCAGGGGAGGAGGAGGAGCAGGAGGGCACCGAGACCACAGGCAGUUGUUGCAGCAACAGCAACAGCAGCAGCAGCAGCAGCAGCAGCAGCAGCAGCAGCAACAGCAUCAACAGCACAGUCAUUUAAGACUCCAACAGAGGGACCCCUCCCCUGAAGGAAUCCGUGCAAACUCACAGAAAGGGCGCUCUUUAAAUGUAUGUGAGUCAACCGAGGCUAACAGGAGAGCAUUUGAGUCUCAGACUCAGGACCUGCAGCAGCAGCAACAGCAACAGCAGCAACAGCAGAUCCCACAAUUACGAGCGCAGCAACAGCUUCUGGUGGGGAGCAGCUUGCCUAUCAACUACUGCGCCAGCGGCUCAGGAGAGCUAUGUAGGACUCACCAGGCUCCACUGCUGCAACAGCAAGAGCAGCAGCAGCGGCAGCAGCAGCAGCAGCAGCAAGGCGCACUGGGGCUCUGUCCCCAGCGUCCGCAGCACUGUGAACAAGACCGCAAUAAGUCUGGGAGGAUCGCCGCGCAAGGCGAUCAGGCGCAGCCAAACAGCCGCGACUCCCGCGUAACCCCCCCGGUAACACAACAGGCAUACGCGGGGAACUCGUCUGCGACUGGCAGCAAUAGCAGCAAAGACAGCCCCAACUACGGCUCGAGCUAUCACCUGUGGCCAGAGAGCCCGCAUAAAGGAGAGGAGAGGAUACGCAUCGACCUCCAUAAGGCCACUACCGAGCAGAAGAAGCUGAGCCAUGCUGGAUCCAAGCCCUCCCUCUCCGAGAGCAGUGGCCGACUCCCUCAGAUAGCCAUGAACACCUGCAAGUACAAUGGCGGAGUGGUGAGACCACUAGUGGGCAGCCUGGCGUCCUCGUCGCGCCGCAACCUCGCGGAGCUCGACUCGGAGACGCAACCCUUGCAGACGCUGCACAGCUCUGGCCUGGAGGUGGUGGUGUCCAAGGGCAACGGUGGCGAAGACCCCAGCAAAGCGUCCAACGAGAGCUUGGUCAGGGAGGGCAGCGGGCGUGGCGGAUGCAGGGCGCCGCAAAAGAAGAACAGGGACAUUGGCUACAAGCUUGGCCACCGGAGGGCGCUGUUUGAGAAGCGAAAGCGGCUCAGCGACUACGCACUCAUCUUCGGGAUGUUUGGGAUUGUUGUCAUGGUGACAGAGACGGAACUGUCAUGGGGGGUUUACACUAAGGAAUCUUCAUACUCAUUUGCACUGAAAUGCCUUAUCAGCCUUUCCACUGUUAUAUUGCUUGGUCUUAUAAUAAUGUACCAUGCCCGGGAAAUCCAGCUGUUUAUGGUCGACAAUGGUGCGGACGAUUGGAGGAUAGCCAUGACGUAUGAGCGGAUCUUCUUCAUCGUGCUAGAGCUGCUGGUGUGUGCCAUCCAUCCCAUCCCGGGCCAGUACGUGUUCACCUGGACGGCGCGGCUGGCCUUUACCUACACGCCGUCGGUGGCCGACGCUGACGUGGACAUCAUCCUCUCCAUCCCCAUGUUCCUGAGACUCUACCUGAUCGGCAGGGUCAUGUUACUCCACAGCAAGCUGUUCACGGACGCUUCGUCUCGCAGCAUCGGCGCCCUCAACAAGAUCAACUUCAACACACGCUUUGUCAUGAAGACCCUCAUGACCAUCUGUCCAGGAACUGUUCUGCUGGUGUUCAGUAUAUCCUCCUGGAUCAUUGCUGCAUGGACUGUGCGCGUCUGUGAGAGGUAUCAUGACAAACAGGAAGUGACCAGUAACUUCCUGGGAGCCAUGUGGCUCAUCUCGAUUACCUUCCUCUCCAUUGGCUACGGGGACAUGGUACCACACACGUACUGUGGGAAAGGCGUGUGUCUGCUUACAGGGAUUAUGGGAGCUGGUUGCACUGCGCUGGUGGUUGCAGUGGUGGCCAGGAAGCUGGAGCUGACCAAGGCUGAGAAGCACGUCCACAACUUCAUGAUGGACACACAACUCUGCAAACGAGUAAAGAACACAGCUGCCAAUGUACUCAGGGAAACAUGGCUCAUCUACAAACACACCAAGUUGGUCAAAAAGAUAGAUCACGCCAAGGUGCGGAAACACCAACGCAAGUUUCUCCAAGCCAUUCACCAACUGCGCAGUGUGAAGAUGGAGCAGAGGAAACUCAAUGAUCAGGCCAACACUUUGGUGGACCUGGCAAAGACCCAGAAUGUGAUGUAUGACCUGGUGUCAGAGCUGCAGGAGCGCAGUGAGGAGCUGGACAAGCGCAUCGGCACAUUGGAGGACAAGCUGGACUCGGUGACGGGCAGCCUGCAGGCGCUGCCCUGCCUCAUCUCCCAAGCCAUAACCCAGCAGCAGCAGGACUUCCUGGACGGCUUUGUUCACCGCUUUCGGCCCGCCUCCCUAGCCUCAGAGCGCUCUGAACGCUCUGAGCGAUCCUGGACUUCCACCGCCCGUAGGCGGCGCUCACCCUCCACAGCACCACACACCUCCUCUGAUAGCGGAUAACCUUGACAAAUCCUCCGCAAUCACAUUUGAGCCCCACCUUUCCCAGCCCACCUCAUCACCUCAUUCUUUCCCAUCCAAAGCCGUCCCUGUAACCGCUGGAGAGUCCAUGUCUGGACUAAUAAAGAACCCAUAUCUUGACCUCUGACCUGAUCCUCGCCCAUACACUCUCCCUCCCACCCAUCUCUUCUCUCCUUCCUCCACCCAUCAUCAAAUCCAAAAACCAAUUCCUCUGUGACUGAGCCUCUCAGCACAGGACUGGAUCAGAGCUACUCCAAAAGAACAAAGAAAGGCAAAUGAAGACUUAAAUCAAGUAAAAACACAAAUGCAUCCAAAAACAGAAAAAGACAAAAAAAAAAUUAAAAAAUGACUGAAAAACCGAGAUAAAGUAGAGAUAUGGUUUAUGUUUUAGCCAUUGUAUGGCUGUUCAAGUUAGCUUUUUUGUAAAAGCCCUUGUAUAGUUAAAAAAUGACUGAGUUCAGGGUCGCUGGGGUGAGAGCUGGCUAUCACACCGGAGAGUCCUUAACCACAAGGGGGGAAGUUGGUCUGUGGAGCUGAGGGUCUCGGCUCACCUGCUGGCCCUCAGAGGCCAUGGAGGACAUCCGUCCACCCAUCCGUCCGUCUAUCUGUUUGUCCGGUGAGGAGAGCAAGACAAACCAUUGGAUUUCCCUUUCAAAAGACUAGUGUCAUGGAUUCUUUCCCAUAGGUUAGGGUGAAAGCUUUAGGAGAGGCUGUGAAAGCUCUGACUUCAGGUCAGUGUUUGAAAAUGCACUUAAGCGGGAUGGGAAACUGUCACACAAAAGAAGAGCAAAGGGGAUGCAUAUGGCAUUACUACUGGGUAGGAAAAAUUUACACAAUUGCCAACUUCAAGGUUUCAGCUUCCUUGUUCUUACCAAGGGAAAAAUGAGAGCGACUAUCUUUUUUAGUUACAUAUUGACAUGUGAUUUUUCAGUGCCUGAAUGUAUAAAUAGUAGAGGGUUAUUUAAUUACUAAUUUCAGAGCUUUUUUACGAUGUUAACAGUCUGAAUACAGCAUUGCAUUCCUUUUUCAGAUACAUUCCUCUCCAAAAAUUUAAAGAAAAUGUCUUAAUGUAAUGCAUAACAUUGCCUCCAUUACACAGCAACUCUAAAUGUUUUGAAAACUUUUUUUUUUCUCUUUCUACUAACACCGUGAGAAACGUAAAAUGUUGAGAGAGUAAGCGAAAGUGAGACAGAAUAUUUGUCAGUGUGUUUGUCAGAGAACGAGUUCACUUUUAGCUCAAUGCUGCACACUCAUACACACAACAAUGAAAUAUGUAGUAGUCUACCUUUCUCACCACCACCAAUUAGAGCUUCCUGUGGUCUUCAGAUAAUGGCAAGGCUUGAGGUCUGCUGGUAUAUACGGCCACACAGGCACACAUCACUGGUUGAAAGAAACUGACCCUGCCCCUUUGCAUGGUUGAAAUGACAAUGGAACACAAUCUUCCUCGGAUGGCUUGAUGAUUUUCUUGAUUUUGAUUUUAUUAUGUUUACUUUUGUUUGUUUGUUGCCUUUCUUUCUUUUGUUCUUUUUUACUAAAAUUUCUUCUUCUUUUUUUUAAACUAGGAUACCUAGAGUUUUUAGAGUUGCAGAACCUAGAGAGUUGCGGUAAUGUGAUUCUGUAAUGCAUUCCCUGUUUAAAAUAUGAGGUGAAGAAAAUCGAUAUUACAGUAGAAUCCUGGAAGGAUACAAAUAAAAGUGCUGAAGAAACUUUGAUGGUUACAGGACAGUGAAUUGUUCCCUCAGCAAGUUUAAAGGAAUAGUUUGACAUUUUUGGGACUUCUGCCCAUUUACUUUCUUUCUGAGUGUUAUAUGAGAAGAUUAACAGUGUUGUGCACGAACAUGCUAAAUGUUUUUGGAGAAAGCAUCAGAAGGUAGUGGUAAUGCACCUAAAAGCAGUUUGGCAAUCACCAAAAACAUCAGAAGAAGAAUUGUGUUUUACGGUGGCACCAAUGGAUUUAUACUGGUGCUGCUGAAGCCAGUAUAUGUUUUACCACAUUAACAAAGUGUCAUAAAGCAGGACAACUCAAAACAGAUCAGUUUACAAAUGUAAUUUAGCUCUAUAUACAUUUUUACAUUAUGCAGAAAGUGAAAAAAAGUGGUGCAGUAAAGGUAUACUGUAGAUGCAAUGGAAAUAUGUGUUGAGUUGUCCUGCUUUAUGACACAUUCUGUAAGUGGUUAAACAUACACACUUUGUUUUUCUUAUCUUGUAACGUUCAUUUGAAUCUGUGUGAACUGAACUUUGAGCGAGCUCCUGUGAAGUGUGAACUUGCACAACACUUAAGAUGGAUAUCACUGUCAUAUCUGUAAGGUAAAUAUGAAGCUACUGUACACAGCCGGUUAGCUUAUCUUAGCAUACAGACUGGAAACAGGGAAACGGCUAGCCUGGCUCUGUCCAAAAUUAACACACUAUAUAUUGUUUGUUUAAUCCAUACAAAAACUGAAAUGUAAAUAAUGCAGUCACUUCAUGGUGACAAUACCGUGGGAAAUAGCCCCCCCAUAAAACCACAACUUCUCCAUACCAUACAGUUUUUGUACGGAUUAAAGAAACAUAGUCAUGAAGAGUCUGUAGUGAGUUUUUUUGUCUUUAUGCUAAGCUAAGCUAGCUGGCUACUAGCAUUGGCUUCAUAUUUACUGUAUACAUGCGAGAGUGACGUCACGCUCCUCAAAAUAUCAAACCAUUCCUUGAAAAUUACAAUAUCAGGCCGAUAUUAGGCGUCUUUCUAAAUAGCACUCAAACACAUUCACUGUGACAAGGGAGAAAGUAGAAAAUUUAAAAUGACAAAGGCAUGGAGUAUGAUGCAUCAUAGAAUUCUAAUGAGUAGAAAAUUUCUGAUCUGAAAAGAAAUAAUUAGGUUUUUUAAAGUGUUUUUUCAAAAGCACAUAUGAAAGCAGAUCAGGAAGUCAGCGGGUUAGCGGGCUAGCAUGCUGUCCUAAAGUAGUUUGAAUGGUAGAUCGUCUCAAAAGGAUGUUAGUGCUAAAAAUCCUCAUCAUUUAUGGCCCCUUAAGCUAACACACGAAAAGGAGCAUUAUUAUUUCUUGGAUCUUAAUUAUUUACGAGCUGCUUUGGGCUGAGCCGGGUCAAAUCCUGUGAGACAGAGAGCGAGCCCACUCUCACACAGGUUCUGGACUGGCCAGAGAGCACUUCAUUUAAGAACAUACCGAGUUUGCUACAAGUGGAACUUAAUCAAGCAUGAAUAUUAGCUUUUUUCCUUUCAACUUGAGUUGAUGAAGCAUGACUCUUUACUGCCCCCACCUCUCGCCACUUCUCGUACAGUGCUACACUCCACUCCUUCAGUAUGAGGGGAUCUAUCAUGCCAUUACAGUCUCUGUUUCAAUCAGUGUCAUCCAAUGAGUCAGGAUGGCUAAUGGAAGACUAUCUGCUUGAUUACGACCUCACCUGCCUGUUCGUAUCUAAGGUUUCCACCUCUUCAUUACAUCAGAGCUUUAGCCUCGCAUUUGUCAUCUGUCAUCAUUAAGAACAUCAGUCCCCGCACACAAAGAGGCUUCCCAAUGGCCUGCAGCAAAGACCUUUGAUUGGUUCAAAUGAAAAAAAAAAAAAAAAACAGAGAAAGAAAGGAGGAAGCAGGGAAACCCCCAGGUCAUGUUCCAUGUUGCACUCAGGGUGUACUAUUCAGUUACACCAGGAAGGAUCACAGAUGCUGGAGUGUCUUCCCCAGAGAGAGGUAAUGGUGCUGGUGUUAAGGACUUCAUCCUUCAUCAGGCAGCAGGAAAGAGUAGACUAAAAAAAGAGACAGAUGAGAGCCAUAGCUCAUUUACUGACAGACGUCUGUUUUGCCUCAGGGGGGUUGUGAACAGCCAGAGUGGGUGUCCUGUAAAUAUGACCUCAUUGUAGAUGUCGCCACGUAAACGGGACAAAUGGUGAACUGCAGGGGUGAAGGUAGCUGGGUGCAAUGCACAGCAUGUUCAGGUAUGCAGUAGAUGUACUAGACAGGAUAUGAAGGGUUUGAAAUUCUAGCAUUUCUAUCGAUUUCACUGUUUUUAUUUUUCUUCUUCUGCUGUUGGAGGUAUGAUCAGGGUCUAUUAUUUUUUAUCCAGUUGUAAAAGUUUGUUUUCUUCAGUCCUUAUCCUGUCAUUAACAAAGACCUGCCAAAACACCAUUCCAAUAUUUAAUAGUGACCCAAUUUUCUCCACUAGAAAAUAUAUUAAAAAAAAUACACAGUAUUUUGUAGUGAAGUGAGGGACAUUCAUGAUGUUAUUCUGAUGAUGGUAGAUAGGUGAUAAACACAUCCCAGAGUCUUUUAUUAUCCAGAAAAAGUAGGCUUUCCUCAUAGAGCAGGCAUCAGAACACACUUCUACUGAACAAUAACAGAGUGAAAAACCCCAAAAAGUGAAGAAAUGUAACCCAAUCAUUGUUCUGUGUACACUGCCACAUGAUGCAUAAUGUACGUAGUAGCACUGGAAUAAAUCAACUUUUAAUGGAUGGCAAAUGGGUUUAACAUAUUCUCUGUAUACUGUUCGCUGUUCCUUCAUUUUGCAGGUGAACUUUUGUCCUAGCAAGGAGAGACACCAAGGUGAAAUCAUUAAAGACUAUCUUCAGCUAUGA